UUAAGUCGUCAACUUUUCUUUGAUUCUUCGUCUCUGUUAUGUUCCGCGAAAGACGAAUUGUACGUGGAAGUGCUAUACACCAUCAAACACAAGAUAGGGGCCAACGGCGGCGAUUAUUCCGUCUACGCGGAGGAUCUAUACGAUUACGCUCAAAAGGCUUUCUGCGUGUCCCAGGAGACGCACAAACGUCUAUUUGCCAUCGCUCAGGAAGAACAGCCUCCUAUUCUGGUUUUAAAUUUGAUUGUGGUAGAAGCUCAAGGUCUGGAAGCUAAAGAUCCUAACGGUUACAGUGAUCCUUACUGCAUGUUAGGCAUUCAACCGGGAAGCGGAACGGAAGACGGAAGAAGAUACAGUUGGGAAGACGAAGUGGCGGAGAAAAGCAAGGGAAGCCCGAGAAGGUUGAGAAAAUUUGGCGCUUCGUUAAAAAGAAGAGAGAGGAAUCGCAGUAACAGUCUGUCGGACACACUUCCUGCCAAGUUCAUUAGAACCACGACAGUUAAGCCCCAAACGCUUUGUCCCAAAUGGAACGAAACCUUCCGCCUGGACAUUGAAGAUAUCCGUUCCGAUCGCCUUCAUCUCGAUAUCUGGUAAUAAACGUUAUUAAUUUAAUAUUUAUUCCGUGUAAAGUAAAUCUAUUCUUCGGAUGCUUGCCAGUAUAAAUACAACGUGUACUGACUCGAUAAUAAUAAUAAACUGUCCUAAUUACAGCUUAAAGGAGAGCGGGGAUACAUCUCUACCCAUCUUUAAACUCGUUCGAGAUCCGUCUUUAUUCAAAACGACGGUGAAUAAUUAAAUUGCAGUUUAAAAAUAUACUCGGAUAAGCCGUGUACUUCCAAUGUGACUUCUGACUUAUCCUUGUCGGUGUCUAGAAUUAUAUACUCAAUUUAACCAGACAUUUCUAUUUUAAAAUGUAUCAAAUAGUUUCUAGACCAACCUUUUUAAUAAUCUAUCAGUUUUUCCUAUAUGUACAGUACAAUCGAACCUCCAAUAACGACCACUUUCGAACAACGACCAUUUUUUAUUUUCCUUCAAUGACCUUUUUCACUGUAACUUAUACAACGUAGAAAAAUUUGGGUCAAUCAUUACUAGAUAAAAUAAAUAAGUAUGACUUUACGUACAGUAAAAAAGAAAAAAAAACAAAAGCCAUU